AUGGAUCGCAAUAUACACCAAAUUACGAAGUCUUUUUCACCCAAAUUUGACGUCAAGGAGCUCGGAGACUCGUUUGAACUCCAUGGAGAGCUUCCUGGCAUUGACCAGAAGAACGUCGACAUUGAAUUCACCGAUGCGUCAACACUUACCAUGAAAGGGCGCAUCGAACGCAGUUAUUCCAAAGAAGAGAAAUGUGGGGCGAUAAAACAAGACAACAGCGUUUCGGUCAAGAAGAGCGAGAACUCAAACACGUCACGGGAGAAGUUUUGGGUUAUGGAGAGGAUUAUAGGAGAGUUCUCGAGAUCCUUUGCAUUUCGGGUGCUAGUGAACCAGGAAAAUGUAAGGGCUUCGAUGAAGGACGGAAUUCUGAGCGUCAUGAUACCAAAAUCAAAGAAACAAGAAAACCGCAAAAUAAGUAUUCAGUAA